AUGGCUUCAACAUCUCACCCAAACUCACCCGCCUCCACUCCGGAAGACAACUAUGGCUUUAUAGAAUCAAAUAUAGCCAUUCCUGCACCAAGCCAUGGUCAAGAAGAGAAUUUCGCUCUCGAUUCCCCUUAUCCAAGAUCCCAAACAGAGUCUUCAGAAGCCACUGCGUGCUCUCCUAUCAGCUCCCAAGUCGUGUUCCAGAAAUACUGCGCUGUUCACGACCGAACGUCUUCCAAAUCCAUCUCGACCAUGGUCCACGAAACCCAUCCUACGCCCACAACCACAAUGCCGGACAAGAAGUACCACCGCAUUUUGCGUAACAUACGGUGGACUGUCAUGUCGGUCUAUCGGCGACUCAACAUCCUGGUCCUCACUAUAAACAUAUCGAUUAUCAUAGCGCUGGCUACACAACAUAAGCUCCUGACCAUGUCACCCGCCACAGCGGCGACAGCUGUGUCGGUCAACAUCCUGUUGGGUGUUUUGAUCCGACAAGAACUCGUCGUUAACGCUCUCUUCUGGACAUUUGGGAAAUGUCCUAAGUGGUUUCCGCUUCGGGUUCGCCGCCUGGCUGCAAAAAUAUACCAUCUGGGCGGCGUACAUAGUGGAGCAGGAAUGUCAGCCGCACUCUGGUUCGCUUUCUUCAACGCUGCCAUUGUUCGGGCGUACAAACACAAGCGGCUGUACCUUCACCAAGCAGCAGUAUCUGCUCUCACGGUAUUGCUUGACGUCCUCUUUAUGUCAAUUCUAUGCACAGCACACCCAGCAAUACGCUCACGCCUCCACAAUUUGUUUGAGCUCAUUCAUCGCUUUGCAGGGUGGUCCGCAGUGAUCUUGAUAUGGACGCUCUUCGGGUUGCUCUCAGAUGCAGAAGCUCACAGCAAAAAUGUCACAGUAUUGGAGGCCAUGAUCUACAGUCCAGCCUUUUGGGCUCUCAUCAUUAUUACAAUUUCCAUUGUACUCCCAUGGAUCUGGCUACGAAAGGUCUCCGUUCACGCAGAGCCGCUUUCUGACCAUGCGAUUCGUUUGCACUUCACAUACACCAACCUCCCACUGUGUGCUGCACCUCGACUCUCGGACAGCCCGCUUCUGGAAUGGCAUGCAUUUGCAGGAAUACCCGCUGAAGAUGGCCAGGGGUUUUCUGUCCUUGUGUCGAAAGCCGGUGACUGGACAUCACGUCUGAUCAGAUCGCCGCCCACCAAACUCUGGGUCCGUGGUAUCCCAACGAUGGGAGUACUACACAUCGCUCCAAUCUUCAAAAGAACGGUUCUCGUUGCCACAGGUUCCGGCAUCGGACCUGUUCUAUCAUUAUUAAACAAGCGGGAUAUUUCCUGUCGGAUACUAUGGUCAACUCCCCAUCCUGAGCGUACCUACAAAACCGGCGUCAUCGAAGCUGUUCAAAGAGCUGAUCCUGAAGCCCUCAUUAUCAACACUACGGUUGCUGGUCGUCCUGAUCUGGCUCGAUACACCUACGACUUGUACAAGUCAUCUAGUGCUGAGGCUUGCUUCAUCAUCUCCAACCCAAGAGUGACAAGACGCGUGGUGUACGCUUUGGAGUCUCGGGGUGUGCCAAUAUUUGCUCCAAUUUUCGACUCUUGA